CUUCUCCCGCUUUGGACUUAGCAGUCAGAGCCACUUGCCCUGAUUGUCCCCAUGGCUUGCCUAAGCCUUUCGCAGCUCCAGAAGUUCAAGGAGGACGGGUUCCUGGUGCUGGAAGGAUUCUUGUCUGCAGACGAGUGUGUGGCCAUGCAGCAGAGGAUUGGCGAGAUAGUGGCCAAGAUGGAUGUCCCUCUCCACUGCCUCACGGAAUUUUCCACCGAUGAAGAGGAGCAGCUUCGAGCCCAAUGCAUCUCAGACUAUUUCUUGAACAGCGGUGACAAGAUUCGAUUCUUCUUUGAGAAAGGCGUUUUUGAUAAAAAAGGAAAUUUCCUGGUCCCUCCAGAGAAAUCCAUCAACAAAAUUGGCCAUGCUCUGCAUGCCCAUGACCCUGUCUUCAAGAGUGUCACACACUCCCCCAAGGUGCAGGCCUUGGCCAGAAGUAUGGGCCUUCAGAUGCCCGUGGUGGUGCAGAGUAUGUACAUCUUUAAGCAACCCCACAUUGGCGGUGAAGGUGAGCUGAGAGCAGACUGGAGAGCUGGGACAUCUGUAGUUGUCAGGUCUUUGGAGGGAGGGAAGGUGCUUGCUGUAAUGUCUGUGGGCAGGGGCUGGGCUGGGGAGGAGGAGCCACCUUCCAUUCUUUUCUAGAGUAGUGGCUGGGGAGGGAGCCCUUGAGCUGUUGGCACAGUGGUUCCUGAACCUGACAGCAGCUCCUAGCUGGUUAUAGGAACAGAUUCCUGAGCCCCAUUCCCUGAGAUCUGGAGCCAGUAGGUCUGCAUGGGCCUGGGAAUCUGUAUUUGUUUUUGUUUUAUUUUUUCAAAGAUGACCGGUAAGGGGAUCUUAAC